GAUUUAUUCUCCGUCGAGCUCCAAAGUUCUGAGCUCUCUCAGGCGAAAACAAUGGCGUCUUCUUCAGCGACGCUCUCUCUCUGCUCUACUUUCUCUGCUCAUUGCAAUGUCACUUCACGCCGUUCGAGUACUAUCCUGUGUUCUCUCUCUAAACCUUCACUUAAUUUGGCUAAACCUGUGUCUGGAUUUCUUUCUCCUUCCACUGCGUCGACGUCUCGAACCGCAUUCACCGUCGCUCCUAAAUUCGCUGAAUCAGUCGUCGAAGCUGAACCAGAAACUACCGAUAUCGAAGCUGUGGUGGUUUCCGAUGUUUCGGAAGUUACUGAGGAGAAAGCUAAACGAGAAGAGAUUUUCGCUGUUGUUAUGGUUGGUGGACGCCAAUACAUAGUGUUUCCAGGGAGAUAUCUCUAUACUCAGAGGCUGAAAGAUGCAAAUGUCGAUGAUCAGAUUGUUCUCAACAAAGUGUUGCUUGUUGGAACAAAGACACACACUUACAUUGGCAAACCGGUUGUGACCAACGCAACUGUACAUGCUGUAGUAGAAAAUCAGGGUCUGAAUGACAAAGUGGUAGUCUUCAAGUACAAGCCUAAGAAGAAAUACCGUAGAAAUAUUGGUCACCGACAGCCAAAUACGAGGAUUAGGAUUACAGGAAUCACAGGGUAUGAAGAGUAUCCAGCGGCGCCCAAUGUUGCGGUUUAAAUGUGUUGAGAAGUAUAGGAUCUUUGACACAAAAUGUUUCUUGAAUGUUAAAAUUUUCUGAUCUUCUCUAUGUAAUUUUUCUAAGGACCAGAUCAUUUCAUUUCUUCUGAGAUCCCUUUUAUUAAUAUGUACCUGCUUUUGCCAUUCUUUGAUCACAAAUUCUAAGUUAGUGUAAGAAAACUUCAUCA